CCUUACCCCAAAAUACUUUAAUCCCCAGGAAAAUCCCUUCGCCUUCCUUCCCCCAGCGCCUCCAAAUAAAAAGGCCACCCAAAAUUAAUAAUGUCGGACUCAGACAUCACCACCGCCACCGCUGCCGCUGCCGCCGCCGACGCCGCCGACGAGGUCUCCCUCCGCCGCCCCCGCCUUCCCACCCCAGCCCCCGCCCCCGCCGCCGCCGCCCCAGAUGGAGGAGACCGUGCAGGAUCCGGCCCUUCCGGAGCCCCGGAAGGAGGCCGGCGCCGCCCCCAACGUCGCCUUCAGCAUCUGGCCCCCAUCCCAGCGCACCCGCGACGCCGUCGUCGCCCGCCUCAUCGAGACCCUCUCCACCUCCGUCCUCUCCAAGCGCUACGGCACCGUGCCCCAUGACGAGGCCGCCUCCGCCGCCCGCGCCAUCGAGGAGGAGGCCUUCAACGCCGCCGGCGGGGCCGCCGCCGCCGACGACGACGGCAUCGAGGUCCUCCAGAUCUACUCCAAGGAGAUCAGCAAGCGGAUGCUCGACUCCGUCAAGACCCGCGCCGUCGCCGCCACCGCCUCCCCCGCCGCGACGCCGGAGGGCGGCGCGUCCCCGGCCCCCGCCCCCGGCGGAGACGCCGCUCCCGCCGCCGCCGGCGCCAACGAGGAGGCCUCUUCUACCGUGGAGUCGGAGCCUUAGGUUUUGCUCUUCAGCUCAUGAGGGGGGCGCCUCCUUUUUUGUUGUUGUUGUCGGUUUAGAGAUCUAAUGUGGAUAUUUAUCGUGAUACAUUGAGGGUUAUUACUUAGCAUCUUUCUUGAUCUGGCUCGCUUGGACUGAAUAUCGAUUAUGGUGGUCGUUAAUGUGAGAAUGUUGUCUUGAUCUGUUCAUAUUCAGGUCUCCGCGAUUGCCUUCAUGGCACCCGUGAUCGUUAUAUGGGUAUGAUCACUUAAUGCAUUGUGGGCUUCUGUUCAAAUUCAA